AUGAGCACCCCUCGUCGACGUUCGACUCUACGAGACCUCCAAGCUUCCACAACGAAUGCCGAUGGCGACAUCAUAACCCCCAAAAUCAUUGACGCGCGCCCUUCCCUGGAGAAGGCGGAGAUGUAUGGCAUAGACGACCCGCGUCCGACCUCGUCGAGGAUUAUGGCUUUGAUUGGGCGCAUUUUUAUUGAGACUAUUCCACAAUGGCUGGCCGUGGGAGCUAUGCUAGGCUUGAUCUUUGGGGGUUGCUGCUCGAAUGUAUUUGCAUUAGAAGCUAUUGUCAAAGUCGAACCUGCUAGCGGAACCCUCUUGACAUUCGUACAAUUCCUCUUCGUGGCUACGACAGGAUACUUCUCGCAGUUCGACCGAAGCCGACCUCCCUUCUUCCUCAAGCCGAAUCAUGUUCCCAUAAAACGCUGGUUGAUAAAUAUCCUUCUAUUCUUCACGAUCAACGUAUUGAACAACCAUGCGUUCAGUUAUAACAUUUCUGUGCCUAUACAUAUCAUCCUUCGAUCGGGAGGAAGCAUUACAACUAUUGCCGCGGGAUAUCUCUGGGGCAAAAGGUUCUCCAGGAUGCAGGUCUUUGCAGUCACCCUUUUGACAGUUGGUGUGGUCAUUGCCGCUUGGUCCGACCAACAAUCAAAGGUAUGCAAGACGGAAUUGAGGAAUUGGAUCUAUAUUCACAAGAUUUUAGCAAGAAGUGGUGGAGUCGCAAACCCUUCCUCCGUUCAGCAAAGGGCUCGCCAUCCUUUUCUUUGCCCAGGUUCUGUCCGCAAUCAUGGGCUUGUAUACCGAGGAAACAUACAAACAGUACGGACCACAUUGGAAGGAGAACUUGUUCUAUUCUCAUCUCCUAGCGCUACCUCUAUUCAUGCCCUUCCUCCCUUCAAUGAGGAGACAGUUCUUGAAACUUGCGGCAUCACCACCUUUAGGGCUGCCGGCCUAUGA